AUGCUUUUCUCUCGCUCUACCAUCGUUUUAUUCUCACUUCUUGUUCAUUUCUUCAUUUACACCGCUAUCGCUGACAUCAAUGAGCGGGGAAAUCGUAAUUACUAUAGACCUAAAACCGUUACCACUACUAGAUACAUUAGAAGACCACCCUUUACUUACACCAAAUUAAUUACUACCACUAAAUGCGUUACUAAACUAUCUAUUUCCACAAAACUAUCUACUACCACUAAAUGCGUUACUAAACUAUCUACUACCACAAAACUAUCUACUACCACCAAACUAUCUAUAUCUACUACACACUGUACUGUCACCAAACCAACUACUAUCUAUAAUAAUAAUACCGUCACCAAACCAACUACUAUCUAUAAUAAUAAUACCGUCACCGUACCAACUACCAUACCAACUACUAUCUAUAAUACUACCACUUUAACCGAACCAACUACUAUCUAUAAUAUUUCCACUUUAACCGAACCAACUACUGUCUAUAAUAUUUCCACUUUAACCGAACCAACUACUAUCUAUAAUAUUUCCACUUUAACCGAACCAACUACUAUCUAUAAUAUUUCCACUUUAACCGAACCAACUACUGAUCCAUGUCAAUGUUGCCUUCACUUAGCUUGUAGGUUGACUGAGGGAACUGCCAAAUGUCUCCCCGGUAAUGGUUAA